AUGUCACGUCGUAAACAGACAAAUCCAAGAGCAAUAAAACGUGAUGUAUCUCGAGAGGACGAUGGCGACAAUUUGAUAUUCAAUGUGAAAAAAUUCGCUUCUGAAUCUGUUCAAUCAGAUAGCAGAGACUCAACACAAACAGUCGAAGACGAUCAACCAAAUCUAUCAAUCAAAUGUGAUAAUUGUCAAGAAAGCUUUUUAACUAGUGAACAGUUUAAUCAUCAUCGUCUCUAUCAAUGUUCCUUUGUCACAGAAGAAACAAACAGCGAUGAAAGUCGUACAUCGUCCUACGAUGACUAUGCUAAUCAAGUCGAUAUAAUUCCUCACGGAAUAAAUCAAUGUGAAGAAUAUCCACAUCCAUGUGCUUAUUGUCAUAAAGCAUUUUCAAAUAUGGCACUUCUACUUAAACACGAACAAGUUCAUGUAGAAUUAAUGCCCUUUCGAUGUUCGUUUUGCGGCAAAGGAUUUAAACAUCGUCGUAGUCUCAAUCGUCAUUCGAAACUACAUACAGGUGAACGUAAAUUUAAGUGUAACUUGUGCGAAAGUACAUUCGCACGUUCAGACCAUCUCAAAGCUCAUAUUCGAACUCAUAAUAAUAACAUUCAUAAUAAUAACAAUACUCUAACAACUCAUAACAAUUCCAUAACCAUCGAUAAGUCUAUUAAUCUUGAUUUUCAAUUGAAAAUACCUCUGAGCACAACUCGAUCAGAACUUGAAGAACGAAGUAUAUCAUCCCAUUCGAAAACCGAUCGAGAUGAAAAUAAAGCUGAACAUUGCCCUUACUGUCCACGUAUCUGUCUCGGUGAAGAUAGUCUUCGUUCUCAUAUACAAACUGAACAUAAUCAAACUCAAGAACAAUUCAAAUCUGAGCGUAUAUCUCCAUCGACUACUGAUACCUAUUGUCAUUUAUGUAAUGCCAAGUUUAAUAAUCGAGAGAACUAUUAUGCACAUAUUCGUUGUACACAUCCGCCAUUUCAAAAAACACUCGACCAAUUAAAUCUAGUCGAAGUUUCCCUUUCGCAGAAAACACAUGAAAAAUACGAAGAUUCAAUUAUUGAUGAUUAUGCAUUAGUCGAUCAAACAAUUUGGUGUGAAAAAUGUAAACGUUCAUUCGACUCAAUGACCGUCUAUUUACAGCAUUAUUCCUUGCAACAUUCGUUACAAUUAAUCAAAUGUCUUCAAUGUCAGGAUGUUUUCGAAACUAUUGAACUCUUCUUCAGCCAUAUCGAACGAAUGCAUCCUUCGAAAACCGUGGAAACAUUUAAAUGCAAAUUAUGUAAUGCGAGUUACAAACAACGCGACGAUUUCCUUCAUCAUGUUCAAACAAUUCAUAAAUCAACGUUGUAUUCAUGUUCAUUGUGUUCUUGUCAGUUGAAUUCAACGAACGAAUUGAUUGACCAUUUGAAAUUUAUUCAUAAGAUCAAUCAAAAUCUCGAUAUACAUCUCACUUCACGGCGUCCGUCAUUUAAUACUUUGUUUUCCUGUGCUUUCUGUUCGUUAAAGUUUAACUCCAGAUUCGAUCUCAAUCAACACAUUUUACAAGAACAUAACGAUGAACGAAGAAUCACUAGCUCAGAAUGGCAACAAAACGGGAAAAAACCUGCAACACUCAAUUCAUCCGAUACUAUUUGUUCUCUUUAUGAGUCCACACAUUCAUCCGAAUCACUCAUAUCAGAACACAAUAAACAUUCGCAUCGAUCGCCACCUCUACCACUAGCAAAUUCAUCUAUUUCGGCCUCGUUCAAGUGUUCCUAUUGUCACGCAUUAUUUACUUCUCGUACUCAACUCGAUCGUCACUCUCGCAUCCAUAUCGCGUCAUCGGGCAAUAAUUUGAAAUGUAAUAUAUGUGAUCGGUUAUUCUCAAGCUUUGACAAUCUCUCUGAACAUAAGUUAUCCCACUGUAAAGCAACGACGUCGAAUCUUUGUUUACAUUGCCAUCAAAUUUUACACAAUGAAGCAGAUUUUCUACGUCAUUUAGAUGAACAUAACAAUCACAAUCGCCAUCUGAGAACAAAAGCAGGACUAUUUACAACAAAUAAUGAUCACGGUACAUUUGCAAUGGCAUGUAUCAUUUGUAAGCAAUCAUUAAUUAAUAAACAUGAAAUUAAUUUACAUGCUAAAUUUCAUUUGGCAAACAUCUCUACGAAAAAACCGGCGAUCAAAGAUUUAUCUACAGUAUCCAUGGCAAUCACCUGUGUUCAAUGUCAACAUUCGACAAACAAUCAUCGAGAUUUUCUCGUGGAAUUACCAUCAUUCGAUGUCCAGUGCUUUAAUUGCAUUGAAAAAGAUUUGAAAUCUCCAGAUCUAAACAUCAUUCAAGAAAUUGACACAAUUGCCACGAUCUUAUCUUGUCCAAAAUGUCGAAAUGACGUGCAAUUCGAUAGUAUAAAAACGUACCAACAGCAUUUCAUAUCCGUUCAUCUAUCUAAAUAUUCCGCCGACGAAUACCAUUGUCUAAAAUGUAAUAAAAUUGUUCCAUCACGUGAACACGUUUUUCAACAUCAACAAAAACGAUCCUCACCAUCGUCGUCAACCAGUGGUUUUCUCAUCGAUAGCAUAGAUUCGUCAAACUCGUCGCGCUGUUCAUCGCCACCUCGUGUACAUUACUGCUAUUUAUGUCGGACGAAUUUUGACACGGCUAUUAAACUGCAUGUGCAUCUAAUCGAACAUCAAUAUCCCAAUCGUGAUUAUCAAUGCACUCUUUGCGAGCAAUGUUCGUUUGACGAUGCGACACAGUUGUAUCAUCAUAUGGUUCAACACGGCACCAAAGUACGAUUACAUCCAUGUCGGGAGUGUGAUGUAUAUUUCAUGUUCUCUAUGCAUCUGAUCAACCAUCAGUACAGCCAUAAUGAUGAGACAGUUCUAUCGAAAACGAAUGGUAAUUCUUCGAAGUCGAAUGAAGAUGACGAAAGUUCGUGCAAAUCAAUUGUAACAAGAUCAUCUGCAAAAGGAACAUGUCGUUCAGUGAUUGUCAGUUAA